AUGGGCCGAGCCAUUUCCUACACCCUCCACCUAUUAGCAUCGGAUGCUCGAGUUAGAGGUGGCUUUUCCAAUCUGAUCCUAAGAGAUAUUCAUAAUUCCCCUUGGAAAACUACAAUUAACCUCAAAUUCCGCUCUCUUCUCAAUCUGAAUUGUAAAACUGUUCUUAACUUAGAGUGUAUCAGCCCGGUGGCCCUACCCCUAAUUAAAAGAAACUACAGCAACCUUGACUUCUCCAACACAGCUUCUUGUGCAAGAGGACCGUGUUCAGGCCUGAGCCCUAGCUAUUCCACCCCUGAAGGGAUCCUCUAUACUGCUUCACAAUUUCUUGGAGACUUAAGCGAAGGGCUUUUACCUGUGCCCGUCUCAGCUGUUUUCCUACAGCAGUUCUGUCGGGUCGUUAUUCCAGAGUUCCCAUCGCAAAACAGAACAUGCUCCUGUAAUGACACGGCCCUGGAGACUAUGGAACAUGUAAUGCUCUUCUGUCCCAACUGGACAGAUGAAAGAUCUCG